AUGUAUACCCCCUCAAUUCUACGUCACUUUGUCGCCCUUAUUCUGUUCUUCGCCGUCGGGACUCGUUUGUGUGAGGCUGCUCCAAGCCGUUCUCCAUACUACCCAAAGCACAAGAACGCGACACAACCAUCGAAACCCGUUGGUAUUUGCGCCAAUUUGACGAGUGACUUCCCCGACUACUAUCUCUCAAACACUGAAAAAGCUAUCGAAUACCUAUUGCAAGACGCCAGCAAGUACAUCCAGGGCUUCUGGAACCAGUACGAAGCUGCAAAGAAAUCUCAGGACAUUUUGAGCGGAUUUGAGUCUUAUUUGCACUUUGUGUCUUUGCAGGACACCAAGGGUGACUUGAUCGAAGAUGUGGUCAACGAUACAGACCAUUACUUUGAAUAUAUUAACACUGACGUUCUAGAUGUCGUUGGUGAGAAGCUGUCUAAGAAAAAGCAGAAGCAAUCAAACGACAAUAUGUACUCUCUCGUUGUGGGAGUCCUAAAUGACAGCAGACCAACGCACGGUGGCCAUUAA